CCUAUGAGUUGGAAUCUACUUGACAGCAACGGGUUUUAUCUGACAUUGUGCUAAUGAUUUCUUCAGUUUUUGCUUUAAUCACCACCUUUUUAUGGCAACCUACCCUUACCCCUCCCCAAGCAGCUUGCUGUUAUCUUACAACAGGAGAGGGAGACCAAGGUGAAGCCUGUAUGUGUUUAUGUAUAGACUCUGGGAAACCUAUUCCCAUAUGUAUACGUAUAGCAGAGGACACCAGGAAUUCUUGACCUCAUGGUCCAUUCUUGUGUUUCAGGGUCUCUUAACCAUCCCUGCAAGUUCUGGCUCAGAGCUGUACAGCCCCUGACUGCAGCAGCCCUUGAUCUAAUGUCUUUGUGUCUCUAACAUGAAACUUCAAACAGUUGGCUCACUACUGGAGAAAUAAAGGAUUCUGCCAGAUUGACUCUCCUGACCGUAGCCAUGUUAGCCCCAAGCAAGAGAAGGACCAGUUCUUUGCACUCCCAGAUCUUUCUAAUGUGGAAGCCAGACAGGACUCAGAGCGGACCCCGCAAUACUGAGAAGGAAACCCUUGCUUCAAGGCUCUCACGUGACACUGAGACCUGUCGACAGAAUUUUAGGAAUUUUCCUUACCCAGAACUGUCUGGUCCUCGAAAGGCAUUAAGUCAACUCCGAGAGCUCUGCCUUAAGUGGCUGAGACCUGAGAUUCACUCAAAGGAACAGAUCCUGGAGCUGCUGGUGCUGGAGCAAUUCCUGACUAUCUUGCCUGGGGAGGUUAGGACUUGGGUGAAGUCCCAGCACCCUGAGAGCAGCGAAGAAGUGGUGACUCUGGUGGAGGAUUUGGUUCAGAUUCUAGAAGAGGAAGUUCCUCCUCAGAGCUCUGCCCUUUCCCAAGAGACUCCAGAGGAAGACACAGCCACUGCUUUCCGGGCAGGGUGGCUAAAUAACUUGAUGACCAAAGAAUCAAUGACAUUCAAGGAUGUGGCUGUGGACAUCACCCAGGAGGACUGGGAGCUAAUGCGUCCUGUACAAAAGGAAUUGUACAAGACUGUAACAUUACAAAACUAUUGGAACAUGGUUUCUCUGGGACUUACAGUUUACAGACCAAGUGUGAUUCCCAUAUUGGAAGAACCAUGGCUGGUGAUAAAAGAAAUUUUAGAAGGCCCUAGUUCAGAAUGGCAAACUAAAGCCCAAGAGUAUACUCCAGUAGAGGAUACUUCUGAACUUAAAAAGGAUGUUACCCAGACCAUCAAAUUGGAAGAAUCAUAUGACUAUGAUGACAGAUUAGAGAGGCAAGAAACAGAGGCCUUCAGGAAAAUUCCCACUAAUGAGAGUGAUUUCAGAUUGAAGUCAUUCCUUUCACAAGAAGAUGAUCCUACAGAAGAGUGUCUUAGUAAAUAUGAUGUAUAUAGAAAUAAUUUUGAAAAGCACUCAAGCCUAAUUGUACAGUUUGGUACCCAAUCAGAUAAUAAAACUUCUAUGUAUAAUGAAAGCAGGACAACCUUCAAUCAUGUCUCAUAUGGUAUUGUACAUGGGAAAGUGUAUCCUGGAGAGAAGCCUUAUAAAUGUAAUGUGUGUGGGAAAAAAUUUAGGAAAAGCUCAUUCCUCAUGAAACACCAAAGUACCCAUGCCAAAGAGAAAUCUUAUGAAUGUGAAGAAUGUGGGAAAGAGUUUAGGCAUAUCUCAUCUCUCAUUGCACAUCAGAGAAUGCAUACUGGAGAAAAACCAUAUGAAUGCCAUCAGUGUGGUAAAGCCUUCAGCCAGCGUGCACACCUUACUAUACAUCAGAGAAUUCAUACUGGAGAGAAACCCUAUAAGUGUGAUGACUGCGGGAAAGACUUUAGUCAGCGUGCACACCUCACUAUACAUCAAAGGACACAUACUGGAGAGAAACCAUAUAAAUGCCUGGAGUGCGGUAAAACCUUCAGCCACAGUUCAUCACUAAUUAAUCAUCAGAGAGUUCAUACUGGAGAAAAACCUUAUAUAUGUAAUGAAUGUGGGAAGACUUUCAGUCAGAGUACACACCUCCUUCAGCAUCAAAAAAUACAUACUGGGAAGAAACCAUAUAAAUGCAAUGAGUGUUGGAAAGUGUUCAGUCAGAGUACUUACCUAAUUCGACAUCAGAGAAUUCAUUCUGGAGAGAAAUGUUAUAAGUGUAACGAAUGUGGAAAAGCCUUUGCUCAUUCCUCAACUCUUAUUCAGCAUCAAACUACUCACACUGGAGAGAAAUCCUAUAUAUGUAAUAUAUGUGGGAAAGCAUUCAGCCAGAGUGCAAACCUUACUCAACAUCAUAGAACACAUACUGGAGAGAAACCAUAUAAAUGCAGUGUGUGUGGGAAAGCCUUCAGCCAGAGUGUGCACCUUACUCAACAUCAAAGGAUUCAUAAUGGAGAAAAACCUUUUAAAUGCAACAUAUGUGGGAAAGCAUAUAGACAGGGUGCAAAUCUUACCCAACAUCAAAGAAUUCAUACUGGAGAGAAGCCCUAUAAAUGUAAUGAAUGUGGGAAAGCUUUUAUUUAUUCCUCAUCACUUAAUCAACAUCAGAGAACUCAUACUGGAGAAAGACCCUAUAAAUGUAAUGAAUGUGACAAAGAUUUUAGCCAGAGAACAUGCCUUAUUCAACACCAGAGAAUUCACACAGGAGAGAAGCCCUAUGCAUGUCGUAUAUGUGGUAAAACCUUCACCCAGAGUACAAACCUUAUUCAGCACCAGCGAGUUCAUACUCGUGUAAAACAUCGUAAUUAAUGGGUAUGGGUGACUUCAGUUAGGUUUUACAAUUUCAUCAUUUAAAUUUUAUUUGUGCUCCCUGUGUGUUAAAACACUAUUGUUAUUCAAAAGAAACCCAAAAGUGCAAUAUAUAUCAGAUAUCACUCAGCAGAAAUGUCAAAAUUAGCAACACGGAUAUAACUUAGUUAUAUUUAAUGUGAAAAAAACUUCACUCACUUUUUAACCUUUAUUUGAUAUCGGUUUAAUUCAUUUGAGAAAGAAACACUAAGAGUAUUUGAAAACCUGUAACUCAUCAACUCUUGCUGUAUUUCAAGUUCUUUUUAAUGAGGCCUUAUAAAUGUAAUUUGGGAUAGUUUCCACCAACCUGAUUUCACAUAGAAAGUAACCCUGGGAUUAUAAAAAAGAAAAAGCUGUUUUUGGGCCUUCAUUUCUUCCCAGCUUUGAUGCCUUAAAAGAUGUGAAGAAUUCUCUACCCUUUUUUACUUCUGCUUUUCCUGUUACGCCAUAAUUGCCAUGUGGAGCCAGUAGGUUUGCAAAAAAUAACUGAAAGUAUCUUAAAGAUUCUAUGUGACCACUGUUUGUUUACACUUUCCCCCAAAUACGGAAGUAUUAAAGGAAAAGAAAAUGAAAGAUGAUCUGCCAGAAUAGAGGAACUAAUACUGUGUAUAUAACCUUUAAACAUGUACAGAUUUAAACAGGCAUAAAUUAAACACCCCAAGCUUAAUUUAAAACCUAUUAGCCUUAGUUUCACUAGUUUUUGACAUGUAGGGUGAUUGUGAAGGAAAAAAAGAGGCACACAAUUUGCAUUCCUCCCACCUGACUCCUAAAUUGAUACCUUGGGUUCCCCUAUGACUGUUUCAUUGUAGAAAGUCCAUUUCUUCCAUUGAAACACUUGUUCCUUGAGUCCCUGCUGUGCUCAGGGCCCAAACUUCUUCAUUGAAUCCUUUCAGGACUUCAGUUACAGUGCUGCAAAUCACUGAUUUUAAGUAACAAAGUUUUCUAAAGGAAUGAACGAUAACAAAAGUAACUACUUUGUCAUGGAAUGAGCAUAAGAAGCCUGCUAAAAAUAGGUUGCCAAAUGCUGCCCUGUCCCAAGACAAAUAAUGAAAGCUAUAUAAAGAAUAUAUACUUUGUUAUAUAUACUUAGUAUAUAAAGAAUAAGUAAUGGGAAAUAGAUUUGAGUUCACUGCAGAAAGUGGGUCAGGGAAAAAUUAAGCUGAAGACCUAACUAGUGUGAAAGAGAAUAUAUAUGUAACUAUUUUAACAUUGAAUGUAAUUGGGCCUGGUUUAUCUAACACAAUAAGUGACUAAUUAAAUAAAAAUGCAAAAUUCAGCCUGUUACAAGAAGAAACUAAAAAUGAAAUGACUGGUUUUUUCAUGGAUAGUUGGAAGCCUGUUAUCUCUUUCGUACAUGCAAGUAAAACGGGUUAUUCCCAACAAUAUUCAGGAAAAGAAAUUUCAUUGCACAAUGCAUUGAUACAGAAACUAUCACUGAAUCAUUAAACAAUAAUAACUGAGUUUGUGGGUCCUAAACAACAAGGAAAACUGGCAGAAAUGCAAAUAGAAAUGCACUUUAAAAAAAAGAAAAAAAUACCAUUGUAUUUAAUGUCCACAGCAUUCUACUAUCAGAAUAUAAGGCCACAUUCUGAGAGCUGAGAUUUCAUCUCGCUCAGGUUUGUCUCUCCAGCGCCUUGCACACAGGCGAUGAUCAAUAUGUGUUGGUUGAAUUAAUGGAUAGUUAUGUAGAUAAAGCAGAGUUGAGUAAUAAGGUAGAAUUGACUGA